AUGGUAAAGAUUUCAUUCCAGAACUGGGCUGAUCAUGCAUUUCUAGGACAAAGAUUUGGUGAGAACAAAUCCAAUAUUGCUAAGAAUUUUAAUAGCGUGAUUAAGCAUGAUAAGAGGCUUCCAGCAUUUGAGGUUAUCGAUGCUAUUCGUGCCAGGGUAAUGGUGCAGAAUUACAAGAGGUUGAUGGAGUCUAGUAAGUGGACUACAAAGCUUACUCCCCGGAUGAAGGAUAGGAUCAACAAGAGGGUAACUGACUGUCGUUUUUACAAGUUCCGAAGAUCAAGUGAGAAAUUUUUUGAGACCAUUUCUCCUACUGGAAAGAAAACAGUUGACUUGGAUGCUAGGACAUGCACUUCAAAUUGGUGGCAAAAACAUAAUUUUCCUUGUACCCACUCGAUGAAAGUGAUGUUGCAGAUUGGCAAAGAUGAACCUUACAAGUACAUCAUUCCGUAUUAUAUGACUGAGUACUUGUGA